CGGCGGUUUUGCAGCCCCGUUUUCGACGUUGCUUUUCUCAGCCGUCGUUUCGAGUCCAACGGGCUCGGUCUCUCCCGAGGCCAAUCUUUUCCCCACGAUGAAUAUCCUUCUUUCUUUUUUCUUCUUUGUGAUACUCGAAAUCCUUCAUAUGGUCUCUUUGAGAUGUGACAUAUACUUGAGAGAACAAAGCUAUGUUACAAAAGAAUUUGUUUGCCUGCCGGUUUGGUUAUUUUCGUAUUGUGUAUCAAGGCUUGUCCUUGGAACAUAUAAGACGCAUGAAUGUGCCUGUUAAAGCAGUGUGAGACAAACUUGUUGGUUAUCGAUGCGAAUAUGGCUGCUGCUACGUCUUCUCCUGAGUAUCUCGCUGAGACGCGAGGGCCGAUGAUUCGGACUGUUACUUGGCUUUCUGUGAUCUUUCCCAUUCUCUUUGUUGCACUUAGAGUGUAUACGAGGUUGUUUGUUCGAAAGGUCUUUGGUCUUGAUGACUGGGUCAUUGUUCUCUCUCUGAUUCUUCUCAUUUGCUAUGGUGCCAUCAUCGAAGCAGCCGUCCAGAAAGGUCUCGGUCGACAUGUCGAAUGGGUUCUCACCUUCGCCCCUCAAGACGCCGUCCCGGUCGCAUUGCUGGGCCAAGUCUCACAGCCCUUCGUCGUCAUGUCGUGUGCCUUAGGCAAGACAUCCUUCUCCAUCAGUCUCAUGCGGCUGGCCGCACAACGAUUCAUCCAUCGGUUCCUCUGGUUCAUCGUUGUCACUAUGCUUACGCUUCAUAUCCUCAUCUCUAUCAUUGUAUUUGUGCACUGCGAAGAUCCUCGAACAACAUGGAACCCGGCUAUUGUGAGCAAGUGUUGGCAUCCUAAUGCCUACCUUGGAGUUUUAUACUUCAUCGGCGCUUACUCUGCUGCCACCGAUUUCAUCCUCGCGCUUCUUCCGUGGGCUAUGCUCUGGAACUUGAACAUGAAGAACAAGGAAAAGUUUGGUGUAGCCAUCGCCAUGAGUCUUGGUGUCUUUGCCGGAGCCAUCGCCGUCAUCAAAUGCACCAAGCUCAAAGCCAACGCAACAAGCACCGAUCCUACCUACGACGUCGGUGAACUCCUUCUCACAGCCUGCGCCGAGAACGCCCUCAUCAUCAUGGCUGCAUGCAUUCCUACCCUCCGACCCAUGCUUCGCAAGGUCUUUCCUUCAUCAGCCAAGUCAAGCGAGAACUCGCAUCGCUUGAAGAACAUGAACAACAUCAUGUUCGUUCCCAAGAACAAGGCUGGUCAAUGGAGUGCUUUGAUUGAGACGGAGGCUCACCCGGAUCAUACUUCUGACAACCAGAGUGACAAGAGUAUUCUCAAGGAACAUCGUGGUACGAUGAAUGGUCAGGGCAAUGCUGAGCCAGCUGGUGGACCUGCUAGUCCAGCACUAUCACCCCAUAUCAGGAAGACCAUGUCGGUAAAUGUGUCUUACGACAGGAGUAACAGUAUGUAAUCGAGAUUAAGCACAUUGUCUCAGUACAGUAGCCAUCAAUCAAGGGCCUUCAGGAACCUUUACAAGUCAAUCAGACUUACGCAGAAAUUCUCGUAAAUUUCUUCGUGGUCUCCUUGACCUAGCCGUGAGCAUGCCUCCUAAUUGAAGCUCAGUGGUCUGUGACCUGCGACUAUGAAAUCUAGACGUCAAUUCAUUUGCGGGCUAACAAAUUCUAAUGCUACAGAAGGUCUAUUUGAUCAUUUAUCUAUCGACUUAAGAAUCCCCUCUAAGCCAAGCGGACCUCUAUGUUAACGUUGUAAGAGGUAGAAGCACC